AUGUUUCUGGGCGGGAAGACAAGGGGCAGUUCUAAAAGCAGCCCGCUCUGGGCCGCGGCGCGCGUGCUCGUCAGAGAACGCGCCGGGCUCGAGAACGCGCCUGGGUGCGGCGCGCGCUCGAGAACGCGCCUGGACGCCGCAGGCAUCAGCGCCGCGAGGAGCCGGCCGUUGAGCCACGCGGGGCUGCCCCUCGUCUCGUGGGAAGUCACGGUCCCCGCCGCCCCGGAAGGGCUGGCCCUGCCAAGCACACCGCCAACCAAUGAGGACUUGACGAGGCUUUUCAAGGGUCGGGAAUGCUCGCACCUUGCGUUACCGCCCAUUAUUCAGUGCGAGAGUGGCCAUCUUGUGUGCGGCGGCUGUCGCCCCAGACUCACGCGGCGUCCAAUCUGCAGGAUCCGGUUGAGAUCCAUUCGAAACCUGGCCCUGGAGAAACUGGCGGGUUCCUCGCUGUUCCCUUGUAAAUACGCCUCCUCCGGCUGUGACGUAACUCUGCGACCCGCUGCAAAAGCAGACCCUGAACAGGCUGCGUCAAGAAAUGGAAGUGGCCUGUCUCUCCGUCCACCUCUGGGUGGCCAUGCCCAGAGGUCCCGGCCCCCGCUCUUGCCACUCUUCUUCUCUGCCCUGGCUUCAGGGCCUGGUGGCGAGUCACAGACAGAUGGGUCUGCUGCAGUGAGCGCCUCAGCCCGCCCGCCCCGGGACCACAGCCGGGCGAGCCCAGACAGACCCGCGGAGAUGCCGUUUUAUAAUCAACCUGUAAUCGUGUUAUCGCCAGAAAUAAAUGAACAGUCAACAGCACUAAUCGGCCUCCCCACCGAGACAGGAACUCAAACAGCCUGGCCUGUUUGGCGACUCAUGUCCUCCUGUUGGUUCAAAGGAGUCUUCUGUUUAACGUCAAUAUUUGCUUUUGAAACUUUUUUUAUUUGUCGAAUUAUUUGCUUCUGCUUUGUCCUUGCCCGGUGUGAGAACACCCGGAUGCCGGGGCCCUAACUCGUUCCGCGUCUGUGAGACCUGCACACCUGUGUGACCCUCAAACAGCCGCUUAUCUCACUGACAACGGUGCCUCCAAGCUGCCGGAGAUGUAAGAGCCAAUGGAUUGUUUAGGAAAAUGGCUUGUUGGUGCCUUACCUAUUCUCCAGGGAAGGCAGCCUCGCCCCUGCAGGUGAGAAAGCUCUCACCGAGGAGCCCAGACACAGUCUCCACCUGCGGCUCCCAUUACUGGCUCAGAGGCUCUGUGGUUUUUAUGCCCUUGACCUCCAGGCUAUACUGCAGCACCCACUCAGCCUGUCUCUGCUCUGCAGGGGCGGUGUGGUGGGAAACUCCACUUGAUUCCUUCUUUCCAUUUAAAAAGCCCCUUUCUGGAGUCGCCUGGGUGGCUCAAUGGGUUAAGAGGCUGACUCUUGACUUCCACUCAGGUGAUGAGCUCAGGAUUAUGGGUUUUGUGCUGCCAGUGCGGAGCCUGCUUGGGAUUCUCCAUCUCCUCUCUCUCUGCCUCUCCCUACUCGUGCUCUCUC